AUGUUUUCACGUACAAAAGUAGCAGCAACAAAAGGAUCGACUGUGCAGAAAGAGCAGCGGCUUAUGAUUUCGGGUCGAACAGAAGCUAUAGCAUCGUCUGGUCAACAAAGAAUUUGGUUUCAUGAACAACUAUACUUUCAUGCUUCUGAUCUAUCCGUCUAUAAUAUUGUAGUUCCAUUAAUAAUCAAACAAGGUUCACUCUCAAUUGAACGGCUACGCUCGGCCUUACGGUCAGUAAUUGAACAACAUACGAUUCUCCGUACCGCUGUUCGCUUUAAUCCAGCAACUAAUCAGGUUGAACAAUAUAUUCAACCUGUUACUGAUGAUAUUUACUUAUUCCAACAUUCACGAGGAAUAUCGACAGCGGAACAACUGAAUAGUCUAUUAACGGAUGAAUCCAUUAGGAAACACUUUGAUGUGGAGACGGGAAGAGUCGUAAAAUGCCAUGUCGUGGAGCGCGGUGAUGAAAGUGAUGGUCAUUCAUUACAUGAAAAUGACCUCAUUGUUUUUACUAUCCAUCACAUAGCAUUUGAUCUCACCUCAAGCAAAUCAUUCGUUAAAGCAUUUGAGCGCGCAUAUUGGAUUAAUGCACAUCAUCAUUCAACAUUAUUGACUCAGCAAUAUAUAGACUUUGCUCAGUAUGAACAGGCAAUGCUAGUUGAUAUGAAUCCAAAUUCAAAAACGAACAAGGCACGUCGAUUUUGGUCCGAUCUUAUGGAUGGUUAUGAUUGGAAUCGCAUACGAGCCUUUGUGUCUACUGAAAUUAGAUAUAACCAAACUCGUUCUGGCCGUGGUCAUUCGACUGUAUUUGUCUUCGAUCAACGUGUUGUCGACAACAUGAUGAUGUUUGCUUCAUCCAAUAACAUUACUAUGUUUUCGCUGUCAUUCGCCUCUUUCUAUGCAUUCUUAUUCAAAUUACUCAAAAAUGAAGAGGACUUAUGCGUAGCAAGUGUUGUAGCUAAUCGUUUUAAUCAAGAAACAAAAGAAAUGAUCGGCAUGUUUGUUAAUAUUCUACCAUAUCGAAUACAAAUUGAGCCAAAUAAAUCAUUUAAUCAUUUCGUGCGAAAAGUGCAACAACUAAGUACUGAUAUUCUGGAACAUGCGUCUCUACCAUACCAAGAGAUCAUUGGUCUACACGAUAAACAAAAACGUCGGCGAUUGCCAUCAACAUUCUUUGAAUAUGUCUCUUUAAUGUCAUCUAUGACACAAAAAACUACAGUGGAAUCAACUGUAGAUAAAGAUUUAGUUCUUGGUAUAUACUAUGAUCGGGAUCGAAGUCGCGGUAAUGGAUUAGCUAUAUUCGAUAUGUCUGUCACAAUAGCACAUGAUCAUCAUGCACGAACUACAGAAUGUGUUAUUGAUUGUGCAGUUGAAAUAUUCCAAAGUCAAGCUAUUGUUAAUGAAGUUGCAAACCGUUUUCAACAUAUGCUUACACAACUCUUUUGCUCUUUCAUGAUCGAUGAACCUAUCUAUAAUCUAUCCAUUGUUUCUUCAAACGAGGAAAAUCUUAUUCAUCAAUUCGACAAUAAACAUAUAGAUUCGUCCAACUCAUGCACAUCUACCAUUCAGGAAUGCUCAACUAUCGAAAAUCAAGUGUCAAUGAUUGAUGCAAGUUUAUUUUGGUUUGAUAUUCUUCGUGAUUGUAAACUUAAUCAACCAUUAUCAUUACCAUACGAUCGAAAUCGUCUUAUGAAUCAACAUCCAACUGAUCAGACAAUAUCAGUCUCUUUUGAUUUCGGCCAAGAUCUUUCCCAUCAGUUUAUCACCUAUGUAUCAUCAAAUAAUAUCAAACAUGAACAUCUAGCAUUUGCUACUUACUUUAUCUUCUUAUUCAAAUUAACGAAUGGUGAAAAAGAUUUAUGCAUUUCGAUGAAUAUCUACAAUCGUUAUAAACAUGAACUAAAAUCUAAAAUUGGAUUAUUCAAGAAUAUCAUUCCAUUACGAUGUCAACUAGAUCCUUAUUGGUCUUUCCAGCAACUACUUGAGCACGUAGAAGAGACAACAAUGAAGAGUUUAAAAUAUUCUUACUUUCCUCUUCAACGUAUUCUCAGUCAACAUCCAAAUGUUUCAAAACCAGCAUUUCUUGAUAUAUCAUUUGAUUUUAUAUCAUCAAUGACAAAAGAUGAGAAAAAUAAAAUAAUGACUGGUGAUAGUCAACUUUCUUCCAUACCUUCCACGAUGAACAUUAAUGAUAAUGAGAUUAGAAAUAAGUAUGAUUUCUCACUUCUAAUCGAACAUGAUCUCAAUAUCAAUCAACUCUCAUGUACAAUCAAUGCAUCACUUGAUUUAUUCAAUGUAGAAACAAUCAACAAAAUAUCUCAACGAUUUCAUUCAAUCUUGAAACAAUUAUUUAUAUCUGUUGAUGAUAAAAUGAUUAAACCAAUCUAUGAAAUAUCAUUAACAUUAUCAAGUGAGAGAUUACUCAUGCAAUCAGUGAACAAUACACAGGUCUCAUUUCCAUCUUCUCUUACUUGUAUUCAUCAUGGAUUUGUUUAUCAAGUAAUGAAACAUCCACAAAAACUAGCUGUUGAACUCGAUGAACAAUCUUUGGCAUAUUGUGAACUUCUAUAUUAUGUUCAAGUGUUAUCUUUAACUCUUCUUAAUGAGUAUCUUAUCACUCCAGGUGAAAUCAUUUGUCAAUGUGUAGAGCGGAGUGUGUCAAUGGUAAUUGGUAUAAUGGCAAUUGAAGUGGCAGGUGGUGUUUAUGGUCCAUUAUCACCGCGAGAUCCAAAACAUCGUUUGGAUGCUCUUAUACAACAGACACAAAGUCGUUUUGUUCUUGCUCAUCAGUUAACUAAGACCAAACUCGAUGGUAAUAUUAUUUUACUUAGUAUUGAUUCAAUAUUAAUGAGCCAUGCCACUGAAUGUGUUAUUGAUGUGACUCGGCUAUCGAAAGUUGCAACAGUUUCAGAAGAUGUCGCGUACAUUAUUUUUACAAGUGGUUCUACUGGGACACCAAAAGCAGCUCAAACCAGGCAUCGGAACUUCACAAAUUUCGUGCGUUCUAUACAAAACGCUGGUGUAAUAAACGAACAAGACACAGUGUCUCAAAUAUGUGCUCCGACAUACGAUGUACAUGUCAUGGAAAUCAUGGGUAGUUUACUUUUGUCUGCGACCGUUGUGAUGUUACAUCCAUAUGGCAAUAUGGAUUUUGAAUAUUUUGCUCACACACUGCAACAUAAACAGAUUACAUGUCUUGCACCUGUUCCAACCUUCUUAAAUCAUUUGUGUGAUUUUCUUGCACAACCCAAUCGCUAUGCUUUAUCAUCUGUACGAUCACUUUGUAUUGGCGGUGAACCAUUUUCACUAAAACUCGUUUAUCGCCUCAGAAACCAUAUUAAAAGCGAGUUUUACAUGCACAACAUAUACGCACCGGCUGAAUGUACCGUUGUGUCGAUAUGUCAUCGCGUUGACACCAAUUCUGUUGAGAACAACAUUCCUCUUGGUAGUGUUCUGGCUAAUGAACAAUGCAAGGUUCUAGAUAUUUCUUUGCAGCCUACACCGAUCCGAGAAGAAGGAGAAUUGUUUAUAGGUGGAGUGGGUGUAUUUGCUGGUUAUCUUGGUCGUGAUGAUUUAACCGCAAAAGCUCUUCUUGAAAUAGAUGAUCAACUAUUUUAUCGAACAGGUGAUCUUGUUAGAAUGGAUAACAAUGGUCUCCUUCAUUAUCAAGGAAGAAAAGAUCAUCAAAUCAAACUACAUGGACAACGAAUUGAACUUGGUGAAAUCGAACGAUGUUUACUUGACAUUACAUCCAUCUCUACUUGUGUUGUUAUGAAAUGGAAUGAUGAUUAUUUAGUUGCUUAUGUUCAAUCUUCUUUUCAUACGAAUGAAGAAGAACUACGUCAACAUUGUCAAUCUCAUCUUCCACCACAUAUGAUACCAUCCAUAUUCAUUAUACUUGAUAAAUUACCUUUGAAUCCAAAUGGAAAGAUAGAUCGGAAACUUCUUCCCCCACCUCAAUUCUCAUCUAUGCAGCUCACAAACAGUACAGAACUAAUACUACCAACAAAUGAUAAUGAAGUUACUAUUCAUCAUAUUUGGUGUGACUUAUUCAAACGAAAUCAAAUCUCAACUGAUACAAAUAUAUUUACUAUUGGUGGUCAUUCAUUAGUUAUCAUGCAACUCUUUCAUCGGUACAAGAUCGAAUUUCAUUUAGAAACAAAUACUCUUUCUAUUACUGAUCUAUUUCAACAUCCAACAAUUAUUCAUCAUGCUCAGCUCAUCCACCAAUCUAUCAAUACUAUCCACACUCUGGAUGAUCAUCCUUGGUCUUCAUUAAAUCUCAUUCAAGCUAGCGCAUCAUUUGCACAAGAACGAAUCUAUUUAGAUGAACAAAUCCGUUUUUCAUCCAACAAUACAACCAUGAAGAAUAUGUAUGUUAUUCCAUUGUUUUAUCGAAUAUCAUCUAUGAAGGAUGGUGUAUCAAUCACUCGAUUACAUCAUGCAUUUCAAAGUGUGAUCACAAAACAUAAUAUUCUUCGAACAGCACUUUAUAUUGAUGAUACAAAUGGUAAUAUUAUACAGCACUGUUUAGAUGCAAAUAUCAUUCUCAACGAUGAUAUAAAAUCAUAUGGAUUGACAGUCAUUAAUCUUCAUGAUGAUGAUUGUCGCCAUAUGAAUGAAAUUAUUGCAGAAACAUUAAAUCAAUCUGAUUUAUUUGACUUAUCAAAAGGACAUGUUAUUCGUUGUCAUAUUCUUCGCCAAUCUCAUUAUUCUCAAGAUAAUGUCUCAUAUGAAAACGAUGAUUUAUUGACUGAAAAUGAUCACUUAUUGAUUAGUAUUCAUCAUGCAAUGUUUGAUGGAGCAUCAACAUCAAUUUUUCUUCGUGAUCUUUCUCUUGCUUAUCAAUCGAUUGACUCUUUAUCUAUGGAUGAAAAUAUACUGAAUUACAUAGAUUAUUCUAUUCAUGAACACAUCAUGGAUAUGUCAUUAUCUCGUGAGUUCUGGCAUUCGCAACUUGAAAGAAACAAUAUCGAAUGUUCAUUAUCAUUACCAGUUGAUCGACGACGUUCAUCAACGAAUCAACAACGAUCAGGUUUAGCUUCUACAGCUCAAAUCAUUUUCGAUAACGAAAUAUGCACAUCAUUUCUCAACUAUGCAUCAUCACAUCAUCUCACACUUUUUCAGCUUGGAUUAUCCAUAUUUUAUGUCUUCCUAUUCAAAUUAUCUCAUGGUGAGACUGAUCUAUGUAUUGGUUCUAUCAAUGCUAAUCGAUAUCGAAGUGAAUUAGUGAAUAUGAUCGGAAUGUUUGUUUCAACAGUACCAUAUCGUAUGCAACUUGAUCCUAGUUGGUCAUUUGAUGAGGUAGUAAAAUAUGUCCAAGAAAAAUGUUUAUCAAUUCUUGAACAUUCUCAUUAUCCAUUACAACAUAUUCUUGGUGACAACCGAUUAAAUCAGUCGAAUGUAUCAUUUCUUGAAACAAUGUUUGAUUUUAUUAGUGUGUCAAAAGAUGUCAAACAUCUAUGUUUGAAUGAUGUAAAUUUAGAAAAAAUAUCAUUGGAGCAAUCAACUGAAGUGUCUAAAUUUGACUUUUCAUUAACGUUUGAAUACAAUCCGUUAUCAGAUAACAAGAGAUUAUCAUGUAGUUUUAUUUGUUCAAGUGAUUUGUUUGAAAAAUCAACUAUUUCAAAAAUAGCUCAAAGAUUUGAAUAUAUGUUUGAGCAACUAUUUCAAACACAACCAAGCAACACUACUGUGAUGAAUGUGAGUUCAUCAAUUAACAAACUGUCUCUUAUUCUUCCUGAGGAAGAUGGAGAAAUGGAAUUAGCGGUGUUUCAUCGAUUGGAAAAUAUUGUGAAUGAAGUACCAGCAUCAUUUGCACAAGCUCGUAUUUGGCUCGACGAAAGAAUUCGAUUCGAUCCAGACAAGCCUCAAGUAGCAAUCUAUAAUAUGCCUUUUGUCUAUCGUCUGCAAUCAGGUCAUACUUUAUCCAUUAAACAACUUUGUCAUGCUCUUCAUCUUACUCUUAGCAAACAUUCCUCACUUCAUACAUCACUUCAUUUUGACAUCGAAAAGAAUCAACUUAUGCAACAAGUUAUUACUCAUGAAGAUAAAAAUAAUCGUAAUAAUAGUAUGUUUUCAAUCAUCGAAACCGCUUAUGAAACAGAAGAACAACUUAAUGAGAUUUUACACGACGAAAAACGUAAUCCUCAAGUUUUUAAUCUUUCUCAGGGUCUUGUCUUUCGAUGUCAUAUUAUUUAUUACAAACAAAUCUCUUCAAAUGAUCUACUUUCUGACAAAGAUCUACUUAUCUUUAACUUUCAUCAUGCUUUAUUUGAUUUUCCAUCAAUGAAAAUAUUUCAUCAUGAUCUCAAUCAAGCAUAUACAACAGGUAUAUUAUUAUAUGAUGACAACACUAAUCUACGUUAUCUCGAUUACGCUGCUAUUGAACAACAGAUGUCAAUGACCGGCGCAAGUAUGUUUUGGCUUGAUGUUCUUCAUAAUUGUAAACUCGAUCAACCUUUGCCAUUACCAUUUGAUCGAUAUCGUCUCUCAAAUGAACAUCGAACUGGUCAUGGAACAUGUAUUUCAUUUGAUUUUGGUCAAGAUCUUUCACAUGACUUUCUUAUUCAUGCAUCAUCAAAUAGCAUAUCACUUGAACAUCUUGCACUUGCUACUUACUUUAUCUUCUUACUUAAAUUAACGAAUGGAGAAAACGAUUUAUGCAUCGGAAUAAAUACACAUGGGCGAUAUAGAGAUGAAUUGACUUCUAUCAUUGGAAUGUUUGUGAAUGCCAUACCUUUGCGAUGUCAACUCGAUCCUCAUUUAUCAUUUCAUAAAAUCACUAAGCACGUUCAAAAUAACAUGAUAAACUGUAUUAAAUAUUCAUAUUUUCCUCUUCAACGUAUUCUCAAUCAGCAUCCAAAUAUAUCAAAUCCUGUAUUUCUCGAUACAGCAUUUGAAUUUAUAUCAUCCAUGACAAAAGAUGAGGAGGAUGAAAUAAUGAUUGGUGAUAGCCGAUUCUCUUUACUACCUUAUUCAAUUAAGAUUAGUGAAGAUGAAAUCAUGAGUAAAUUUGAUUUUAUUCUUAGUUUUCGACAUGAUAUGAAUCUAAAUGAACUCUCAUGCACUAUUAAUGCUUCACUUGAUCUAUUCAAUGUUCAAACAGUUUGUACAACUGGACAAAGAUUGCAGACAAUGUUGCAUCAACAAUUCACAUCUUUUCAUAGUCAAAUAAACAAACCUGUUCAUGAAUUAUCAUUAACAUUAUCAAACGAACAAUAUCUAAUGCAAUCAUUGAAUAAUACACAAGUAUCAUUUUCAUCUCCUCUCACUUGUAUUCAUCAUGAGUUUGUAUAUCAAGUAAUGAAACAUCCACAAAAACUAGCUGUUGAACUAGAUGAACAAUCAUUGACAUAUUGUGAACUAUUACAUUAUGUUCAAGUGUUAUCUUUAACUCUUCUCAAUAAAUAUCUUGUUGCUCCAGGUGAAAUAGUUUGUCAAUGUGUUGAGCGAAGUUUAUCAAUGGUAAUAGGUAUUAUGGCAAUUGAAAUGGUUGGUGGUGUUUAUUGUCCAUUAUCACCUCGGGAUCCACAGCAUCGUUUGCAUGCACUCACACAACAAACUCAAAGUCGUCUUGUUCUUGUUCAUGGUUUAACUACGACGAAAUUUGAUGAUGAUAUUAUUUCACUUGAUAUUAAUUCACUAUUAACGAGCCAUGCCAUUGAAUGUGUUAUUGAUGUAACCCGACUAUCGAAAGUUAUAACAGUAUCAGACGAUGUCGCAUACAUUAUUUUUACAAGUGGCUCGACUGGAAAACCAAAAGCGGUUCAAGUCCAGCACAAGAACUUCACUGGAUUUAUGUCCUCGUUAGUUUAUGGUGAUGUAUUGAAUGAAAAGGAUACAAUUCUUCAGAUGGCACGUUGCUCUUUUGAUGUACAUGUUCACGAUAUAUUGGGCAGUUUUAUGACUGGAAGUAGUCUAAUUAUGCUGCAUCCAAGAGGAAUUAUGGACUUUGACUAUCUUGCCAAUGUUAUGACAGAGAAGAAUAUUACUUGUUUUGCUUCUGUCCCAACUAUAAUUAGCAAUUUCUUUACUUUUCUACAACAACAAAACCAUCAUAAUGUUGCUCAAUACUUGCGAUCAAUUUGCAGUGGUGGUGAGCCUUGCUCUUUGAAACUAAUAAAUUUAAUGUUAAGUACUGUGAUGCACACUUGUCGACUAUGGAACAUGUAUGGUCCAGCUGAAACAACAAUUGAUUGCACGUUUCACCUUUUCCAUAAUACAACAGAGACUAAAAGUUUUCCAAUAGGCAGACCGCUUUCAAAUUAUCAAAAUGUAAUUUUAGAUCAAUUCUCACAAAAUGUGUUUAUCGAUCAAGAAGGUGAACUGCUUGUGGGAGGAGUGGGUGUCUAUGCUGGUUAUCUUGGACGUGAUGAUUUAACUGCAAAAGCUCUUGUUGAAAUAGAUGAUGAACUAUUUUAUCGAACAGGUGAUCUUGUUACAAUUGAUAACUGUGGUCUUAUUCAUUAUCAAGGAAGAAAAGACUAUCAAGUCAAACUACAUGGACAACGAAUUGAACUUGGUGAAAUCGAACGGUGUUUACUUAACAUUACAUCUAUUUCUUCUUGUGUUGUCAUGAAAUGGAAUGAUGAUUAUUUAGUUGCUUAUGUUCAAUCUUCUUUUCAUACGAAUGAAGAAGAACUACGUCAACAUUGUCAAUCUCAUCUUCCACCACAUAUGAUACCAUCAAUAUUUAUUAUACUUGAUAAACUACCAUUGAAUCCAAAUGGAAAAGUAGAUCGAAAACUUCUUCCUUCGCCUCACCUCUCAUCCAUGCAUCUCACAAACAGUAUAGAGCUAUUACUACCAACAAAUCAUAUUGAAGACAGUAUUCAUCGUAUUUGGUGUGAGAUAUUCAAACUUAAUCAGAUCUCAACUAAUACAAAUAUAUUUACUAUAGGUGGUCAUUCAUUAGUUAUCAUGCAACUAUUUUAUCGGUACAAGAUCGAGUUUCAUUUAGAAACAAAUACUCUUUCUAUUUCUAAUCUUUUCCAACAUCCAACAAUUAUUCAUCAUGCUCAACUCAUUCAACAAUCUAUCAAUACCGUCGACACUCUUGAUAACUCUACUUGGUCUACAUUACAUUUUAUUCGAGCUAGAGCAUCAUUUGCUCAAGAACGAAUCUAUUUAGAUGAACAAAUCCGUUUUUCAUCCAACAAUACAACCAUGAAGAAUAUGUAUGUUAUUCCAUUACUUUAUCGUAUAUCAUCUAUGCAUGAUCAUGUGUCAAUUACUCGAUUAUAUCAUGUAUUUCAAAGUGUGAUCACAAAACAUAAUAUUCUUCGAACAGCACUCUAUCUUGACACAAAUGCUACUAUUAUACAAGACUGUUUAGAUACAAAUGCUAUUGUUCAUGAUAAAAAAUCAUCCAGAUUCACAAUAAUUAGUCUCCCGAAUGAAGAACAUGAACAGAAUGAAAUUAUAAAGAAGAUUUUAAAUCAAUCUGAUUUAUUUGACUUAUCAAGAGGACAUGUUGUUAAUUGUCAUAUUCUUCGUCGUGAUCAGUUAAAUCAUCCAUUCACUCAGAAUAAUGAUCUAUUGACUAAAGAUGAUCGAAUACUGUUUACCAUUCAUCAUGCUUGUUUUGAUGGAGCAUCGACAUCAAUCUUCAUUCGUGAUCUUUCUCUUGCUUAUCAAUCUAAUGGCUUGCUACCUACAGAUGACAGUUCAUUACAAUAUAUUGACUAUUCCAUUCAUGAACACAUAAUGGAUAUGACAUUAUCUCAAGGAUUUUGGCUAUUAGAACUCAAAGGAUAUAAUCUCACACGCCAAUUAUCAUUACCGGUUGACCGACAACGUUCAUCAACUAGUCAACAACGAUCAGGCUUAGCAUCCAUAGCUGAAAUCAAUUUUAAUAAUGAGAUAUGCACAUCAUUUCUCAACUAUGCAUCAUCACAUCAUCUCACACUUUUUCAACUUGGAUUAUCCAUAUUUUAUGUCUUCCUAUUCAAAUUAUCUCAUGGUGAGACUGAUCUAUGUAUUGGUUCUAUCAAUGCUAAUCGAUAUCGAAGUGAAUUAGUGAAUAUGAUAGGAAUGUUUGUUUCAACAUUACCAUAUCGCAUUCAACUUGAUCCACUUUGGUCAUUUGAUGAAGUAGUUAAAUAUGUACAAAAAAAAUGUUUAUCAAUUCUUACACAUUCUCAUUACCCACUUCAACAUAUUCUUGCUGAUUUACAUCUCACUCAAUCAAAUGCAUCAUUUCUUGAAACAAUGUUUGAUUUCAUCAUUAUAUCAGAUGAAGAUAAUGAUUUAUCACCAGCAUCAUUUGCACAAACUCGGCUAUGGCAUAAUGAAUGUGUUCAUUUCACUCCUCACAUAUCGCAAGUGCCAAUCUACAACAUGCUUUUUGUUUAUCAUCUACACUCACAUCAUACUUUAUCAGUACAACAUCUUCGUCAUGCUCUUCAACUCAUCGUGACAAAACAUGAAUCCUUUCGAACAUCACUUGUCUUCGAUACAGAAAAGAACCUAGUCAUGCAACGAAUCAUUGAUAUGAAUAACAACAAUAAACAACUUUUUACAUUCAUUGAAAGUUCUUAUGAAACACAGGAACAACUUAAUGAUACUUUGCACGAUGAGAAACGAAAUCCUCAUCUUUUUGAUCUUGCUCAAGGUCUUGUCUUUCGAUGUCAUCUUGUUUACUACAAACAAAUCUCUUCAAAUGACCUACUUUCUGACCAAGAUGUAGUCAUUUUCAAUUUUCAUCAUGCUUUAUUUGAUCUUUCAUCAAUGAAUAUCUUUCUUCAUGAUCUUAAUCAAGCAUAUUCAACAGAUCAAUUAUUAUAUGAUGACAACACUAAUCUUCGUUAUCUCGAUUAUGCCGUUAUUGAACAACAAAUGUUAAUGACUGGUGCAAGUAUGUUUUGGCUUGAUGCUCUUCAUGAUUGUAAACUUGAUCAGUCUUUAUCAUUACCAUUUGAUCGAUAUCGUCUCUCAAAUGAGCAUCGAAGUGGUCGUGGAACAUGUAUUUCAUUUGAUUUUGGUCAAGAUCUUUCACAUGACUUUCUUCUCCAUGCAUCAUCAAAUAACAUAUCACUGGAACAUCUCACAUUUGCUAUUUAUUUUAUCUUCCUAUUUAAACUAACUAAUGGACAAACAAAUUUAUGUCUGGCUAUAAACAUCAAUAAUAAUCGAUAUAGAGAUGAACUCAAAUCAAUCAUUGGAUUGUUUGAGAAUGUCAUCCCAUUACGAUGUCAACUAGAUCCUCAUUGGUGUUUUCAUCAAGUACUCAAACACAUUCGUGAGAUAACAAGCAAUAGUAUGAAAUAUUCAUAUUUUCCACUUCAACGUAUUAUCGAUCAACAUCCACAUAUUACUAAAUAUGCAUUUUUGGAUACAUCUCUGGAAUUUAUAUCAUACAAGAAUAAUAAAACAAUGAUGAUCGGUGAUUCUCAAAUUAUUCCAUCAUCUUUCCCGUUCAACAUUAAUGAAGAUGAGAUAUUAAGUGUCUACGACUUCUCUCUCUCAAUUCAUCAUGAUUUGAAGAUGAAUCAACUAUUAUACACAAUCAAUGCGUCACUUGAUUUAUUCAAUAGAGAGACAGCGGAGAAGAUUUCACAACAAUUGCAUUCCAUCGUACAUCACUUAUCUGCAUCUAUUAUCGAGAGUCAAAUAAACAAACCAAUCUAUGAAGUAUCAUUAACAUUAUCAAAUGAGCAAUAUCUAAUGCAAUCAUUGAAUAAUACACAAGUAUCAUUUUCAUCUCCUCUCACUUGUAUUCAUCAUGAGUUUGUAUAUCAAGUAAUGAAACAUCCACAAAAACUAGCUGUUGAACUAGAUGAACAAUCAUUGACAUAUUGUGAACUGUUACAUUAUGUUCAAGUUUUAUCUUUAACUCUUCUUAAUGAAUAUCAUGUGCUUCCAGGAGAGAUCGUAUGUCAAUGUGUUGAGCGCAGUUUGUCAAUGGUGAUUGGUAUUAUGGCAAUCUUAAUGGCUGGUGGUGUUUAUUGUUCAUUGUCGCCUCAAGAUCCAGAACAUCGUUUGCAUGAAUUCAUACAACAAACACAAAGUCGCCUUGUUCUUGUUCAUUGGCUGACAAAAAUGAAGUUUAAUAAUGAUAUUGUUUUAGCUAAUAUUCAUUCGAUACUCGCUAAUACUGAUGUAAUGAGCGAUGCUGAGUUUGAUCAUCUAUCAAGUAUUACAGUCACAUCUAAUGAUAUUUCUUUUAUCAUUUUCACAAGUGGUUCAACUGGAAUACCGAAAGCGAUUCAAUAUCGCCAUGAAAAUUUUAUUCGUUUUAUAUAUUCGUUUGGGAGCGUUACCACAUUGAAGAACGAUGAUUUGGUUAUCCAGAUCGUUCGAUGUACUUAUGAUGGUCAUCUCCGGCAAAUAGUUGGUAUUUUAUUAAUUGGCGCUACAUGUGUCAUGCUACAUCCAAGAGGAAUGACUGAUUUUGAGUAUUUAGCUGGUGUGUUUUAUAACAAACAGAUUACACAUUUCAGUACUGUACCAACUUUAAUUCAAAGUUUUUUCAGUUUCCUCAUGCAGUAUAAGAGAAUAUAUGUUGUAAAGUAUCUCCGAUUACUUUGUAGUGCAGGAGAAGUAUUUCCUUCUAAGCUGAUCGAUCUGAUCCAAGAAAGCAAUAUUCCCAAUUGUACUUUAUGGAAUUUAUAUGGUCCAGCUGAAGCUACUAUAGUUUCCACCUUCUAUAGAGUACAUCCUAUGCCUAAUACACAAAGUAUUCCAAUUGGUACACCACUUUCUAAUUAUCGAUGUAUAGUUAUAAAUGAAUAUUUACAACGAUCAAUCACUAAUCAAGAUGGCGAAUUGUUUAUAGGAGGUGUUGGUGUCUUUGCUGGUUAUCUUGGCCGUGAUGAUUUAACUGCAAAAGCUCUUGUUGAAAUAGAUGAUCAACUAUUUUAUCGAACAGGUGAUCUUGUUACAAUGGAUAACUGUGGUCUCAUUCAUUAUCAAGGAAGAAAAGAUUAUCAGGUGAAACUACGUGGACAACGAAUCGAACUUGGUGAAAUCGAACGAUGUUUACUUAACAUUACAUCUAUUUCUUCUUGUGUUGUCAUGAAAUGGAAUGAUGAUUAUUUAGUUGCAUAUGUUCAAUCAUCUCAUGUCAAUGAAGAAGAACUACGUGAACAUUGUCAGUCUCAUCUUCCAUCACAUAUGGUUCCAUCAGUAUUUAUUAUACUUGACAAAUUACCUUUGAAUCAAAAUGGAAAAGUAGAUCGAAAACAAUUUCCUUCGCCUCAAUUUUCUUUAUCAACUUUGUUAUCUUCCGAUAAGUCUGAUACUCCUCUUAAUCAGUUCGAAGAACGUAUACAUACUAUUUGGUGUCAAGUUCUUCAUUCUAAUGAAAAUCAAAUUUCUGCAACUACCAGUUUUUUUAGUGCUGGUGGUCAUUCACUUCGCUUCAUCGAACUUUAUUAUCGUUAUCAGUCAUUAUUCAGUUUUGAUGCUCAUUCACUCUCGAUUGGUCUUUUUCUUCAGCAACCAACUAUUCGACAACAUGCACAACUACUUCAAACACUUCCAUCCAAUGAUACGCAGACAACACGAUGGCAAUCACUAUAUAUCAAUCAAGCAAAAAAUAUGGAAAAAGGCUUCUCGUUCGAGACAUUAGCUCCUGUAUACAUAAAGUAUAUUGAAGAAAUCCAACAUGAUGGUCCAUAUAACUUUCUAGGCUGGAGUUUUGGAGGCAUUUUAUCGUUUGAAAUUUCUCGUCAAUUGAUUAAUGCUGGUGAGAAGGUUGAUAAUAUUUUUAUGAUCGACUCAUUUUUUAAUGUUCUUGCAAAUGUAACAUUAACAGAUAAGAAUGUCCUUGAAAUCAAUUGUGGUAGAGGUGCUGGUACUGCAUGGUGUGCUCAUACUCAUGCAUCUCACUUUUAUAUUGGAAUAGAUCCCUCUCAAGAUGUCAUUAAUUUAUGUCAACGACUGUAUUCGACAACUCCUCGACUUUCAUUCGUGGUAGCUGAUGCAACAAAACAUUUACUAUUCGAAAAUGAGUCAAUUGAUAUUAUUCUUUGUAUUGAAGCAACACUUACUUUUGGAGAACCAAUAGCAAUCACACAGUUGGCUAAUGAAGUCAUUCGUAUACUUCGUCCAAAUGGAUAUCUUCUAUGGUGUGAUUUUUGUUACAUGAAUGGAUCAGAUACAUCAGUUUAUGAUUUGAUAGCAAAUGAUGAAUUAAUUAUUGAAGAAAAGAUUAAUAUUACCAAGAAUGUUCUUCAUGCACUUGAUAUUCAAAAUAGGUCUCGUACUGAUUUCAUUCAACGUUAUAUUCAACCUGCAGAUCAAGAAUAUUGUCGUUUAUUGGCUGGAUUAUCUGGUACUUAA